AUGACUGAAUUUAUGAGAAACGUAGUACGAAAGCUUCAUGCACCGGCUCGCCGAAAUUUUCCAAGACGUAAAGUUGAUAUUCGAGAUAAGGAUGAAACUUGGCAAGCUGAUCUUGUUGACAUGAUUGAUCAUCUUUGGGCUGUUGAACUCAAAAGCAAAACUGGAAGAGAAGUAUCAGCUGCAAUGGAUUUAAUAUUUAAGAAAGGACGAGUUUUUAAAAAUCUACAUGUGGAUCAAGAAACAGAAUUUUAUAAUUCCAUUUUUCAAGCGAUGUUACAAGGUACUUAUAAAUGGGUUAAAAUAUUACCAAAAUUAAUUGAACAAUAUAAUAAUACAAAACAUCGUACAAUCAAAAUGGCACCAGCAAAAGUUGCUAUACCAAUAAAAUCAAAAACUGGAGAAGAUGUUACAGCAGCAAUGAAAUCUGUACAUGAUGAAGAACGUAUUCCAAAAAAUUAA